ACUUUACAAAGGCAUAGUUCCACUCUGGGGGCGUCAAAUUCCCUAUACUAUGAUGAAAUUUGCAUCAUUUGAGACUGUGGUCGAGAUGGUAUACAAGUAUGCAAUUCCUGCACCUAAAGAUCAGUGUAGUAAGCCACUUCAGCUUGGUGUGAGCUUUGCUGGUGGAUAUAUUGCUGGAAUAUUCUGUGCAAUAGUUUCUCAUCCAGCUGAUAACCUUGUCUCAUUUCUUAACAAUGCUAAGGGUGCCACUGUUGGUGAUGCUGUGCAAAAACUUGGUUUGUGGGGUCUAUUCACCCGUGGUCUUCCUCUUCGCAUCGUCAUGAUUGGUACUCUAACUGGUGCACAAUGGGGGAUUUAUGAUGCAUUCAAAGUCAUGGUUGGCCUGCCUACAACUGGUGGGGUUGCUCCAGCUGCUGCUCCUGCGGCAGAGGUUUCUAAGCUGGAAGCCGCUGCCUGAUCAUUUAUAAUUAUCAAUAAUGUAAGAUUUGAGAAUUAUAAGCUCAUUCUAUGUGGAAGUGUUGAAUGCUUCCAGAGCAACACAUGAUUUUUGCGGAUGGUCUUGUUCCCAUCUUCCAAUUUGGAGGAAUGCUGCAGCUUUUAGCACUGUAACAAACACAAGUGACCUGAGGAAUCAUCAGGAAGAAUUUCUUAUUUGAUUUUGAGCUAAACAUUAAAUUGACGGAUAAGUUGACGGCAGCUUUAACUGCUCCAAACUGGUUGAUCUGUCUCUCUUCAGCGUCAUGUUGUUUUCUAUUGUAUUUCCUUUUUGUCUGCUUGCCGUUUUGUUAGGGCAAAGGUGGGGCAUGCUUGAAAGCCUCCGAGGAUGGUGAAUAUCUGUGAUCGAUCCGGUUACGCCAUGCUACUAUAAUCAUCCAACCUGCUACUAUAAUCAUCCAGUGGUUGGGGCCGAUCCGGUCGUAGGUGUGGUCUUAUAGUGCUACAAAAUUAGUAAGUUGUUUCAGUUGCAAAGGCAAUUAAAUUCAACAAGUUUAAUCUCGUGGGGUUGGCCAAAACCAUGUACGCCUUUUUACAACAUUGGGACUACGCCUGUAUGCACCGACUGUGUUCAUGUCCUUGUUGUCUUGGUAACAUUGGAAGAUCCGCAAGUUGCUUUAGACUCUGAGACAGAAGAAAAAGUCGGCCUCCACUGAUGAAAGAAGAAAUGUAGGAAAUUAUGUUGCCUCGCAGCCAAGUGGUCUCUUUAAAAGACCAGGCAGAUGUCUUGUUCUAAAACCGGAGAAAGGAGGAAGCAUAGUGCAAACCGUACCAUGGUGGAUGUCGACCGUCGGAUGUCCGCCCUCGGCCCGGCCCACUCCGCCGGCCUUCGCCGUCUAUCGGUCCGGGCCGCCACAGCUUACGCGACUUCCACCACGACGCACCGCCUCGGCGUCCUCUCCCUUCGCCCCCUCGCGGAGGUCAUCCUCUCCCACCUUCACGCUGCCUCCGUCCCACUGCGCCCGGGACUCUCCGAGCCUGAGCUCGCCCGCCUCGAGGCCGACCUCGCCUUCUGCUUCCCCCCGGACUUCCGCGCCCUCCUCGCCCUCGCGCUCCCUUCCGGCCCCGGCUUCCCGGACUGGCGCGCCCCCGGUCCCGGUCACCUCCUCCGCCUGCCUCGCUCAGCCGCUGCUCUUCAGGUAGCCCGCGGCUCCUUAUGGCCGCAUUCGUGGGGUUCCCGCCCUGCCGACCCCGCCCGAGCCCUUCGUCGGGCCCGUGCCGCUCUGCGCCGCGCGUCGCUGCUGAUACCACUCUUCGGCCGCUGCUACCUCCCUUGUUUUCCCUGUCUCGCCGGGAACCCUGUUUUCUACGUCGACGACUCCCGCAUCUUCUGCUGCGCCAUUGACAUCAUCGACUUCUUCCAGUGUCGUUCCCCCUUUUCUCCGUACCCGAGUUGCUCUUCCGCUCUCCCCAGCCUCGAAGCCGCCCGAUGGAUCGAAUUUUGGAGCGACGCCGCAUCCGAUCACCGGCGCCGCAUCUCCUCUUCGUCGUCGUCCUCCACUUCCUGCUCUUAUUCAUCGUCGCCGCCUCCCGAUCCGGUUCGCUUUGUGGAAAUCCGAACUCCAAGGCUGCCAGACUGGGUCGGGUGCUACUUGGACGGCAUCGGCUCCGCCUUAAGGCAGGGAGGGUGGGGCGAAUCGGACGUCCAGGAGAUGGUCCACGUACCCGUCUCCAGUCUCUUCGACGCCGGCGACGAGCGCGUCGCGAGAGCUAAUAUAUUGGUCGAUCCAGAGGCUGCGCUUGACGCACUGCUCGUGAAAGCGGGGCGGUGCUCAGAUUCACUCCAGCAGGCGGGGUGGAGCCCCAAAGACGUCUCCGACGCGCUGGGCAUCGAGCACCCCCGGCGAAAGGGGAGAAGGCAACGGUCGACGGUGGAGGUACCGCCUGCAAUCGCGCUCAGGGUGGAGGAGCUGGCACAGGCGGUGGCCCGAUCGUAAGUGGCAGGCGGUGUCCAGAUUCAAAUCGGCGCCUUUCAUUUCGUUUUUCAAAACUUGAGCAACGCUUGAAGGUGUGUGAAAAAGAGUGGCGUUGGAAAAAUAUAAUACAUGUAUCAAAAAUCUUUGAUUAUUGUCGCAAUGGAAAUCGGAGAGUUGU